UCAGCAGCAUUGUAGAGAGUAGCAUCACCGCGACGAGCACCAGCACCAUGGCAACGACAGAAACGGCCACAGCCCGCCGCGCGGCGGCGUACGACCCAAUCCUCCUCUCAGUCUUCUCGAACCGCUUCAUGUCCAUCGCAGAGGCCAUGGGCCGCAGCUUGCAGCAGACAUCCAUCAGCACAAACAUCAAGGAGCGACUCGACUACAGCUGUGCGGUAUUUGCGCCGACGGGCGACCUGGUGGCCAACGCGCCAUUCAUCCCCGUCCAUCUCGGGUCCAUGAGCUUUAGCGUCAAGCACCAGCUCGAGCUCCACGGCCCCAGCCUCAAGCCCGGCGACGUGCUCCUUACCAACUCGCCGACAACGGGCGGAUCCCACCUCCCCGACCUCACAGUCAUCACGCCGUGCUUUUCCAACACGGACAGCUCCAAGAUCAUCUUCUUCACGGCUUCUCGCGCACACCACUCCGACAUUGGCGGCAUCCUCCCCGGCUCGAUGCCGCCGACGUCAACGGCGCUGUUUGAAGAGGGUGCCGAGAUCCGCAGUCUCAAGAUUGUCGACGGUGGCAUCUACGACGCUGAUGGUGUGUACGAGGCCCUCGUCACCAACCCGGCCAGCUACCCCGGCUGCUCGGGCUCGCGCAACUUUCGCGACGUAGAGUCGGACCUCAAGGCGCAGGUCGCGGCGAACCACAAGGGUGCCGAGUUGCUGGGUGCCCUUCAGUCAGAGUACGGACUGGAGACGGUGCAAGAGUACAUGGAGCACAUCCGGAGCAACGCCGAGCAGGCUGUCCGCGACAUGCUUGUUCGCACCGCCAAGCGGUUCGGCACUCACCUCCACGCGAUCGACUACCUCGACGACGGCAGCCCGAUCAACCUCACCAUUGACAUUGACGAGGCCACCGGCUCGGCCGUGUUCGACUUUGAGGGUACCGGCCCCGAGCUUCGGGGCAACCUCAACGCACCAGUGUGCGUUGUCAACGCGGCUGUCAUCUACUGCAUGCGGUCGAUGAUCGGCGAGGACAUUCCCCUCAACGCUGGCUGCCUCACUCCCCUCGACAUUCGCAUCCCGGAGGGGUCGCUCCUGUCGCCAUCGCCCACCGCCGCGGUGUGCGGCGGCAACGUCAUGACAUCGCAGCGCAUCACCGACGUUGUGCUCAAGGCAUUCAACGCGUGCGCAGCGAGCCAGGGUUGCUGCAACAACCUCUCAUUUGGUGUGGGCGGCAAGGACCCGGUCACGGGAGAGGUCACACAAGGAUGGGGAUACUACGAGACGAUUGCAGGUGGAAGCGGAGCCGGGCCAGGUUGGAACGGCACAAGUGGAGUCCACGUCCACAUGACCAACACGCGCAUCACCGACCCCGAGAUUCUGGAGCGCCGCUACCCCGUCAUCCUGCGCGAGUUCAACUUCCGGCCUGGAUCAGGCGGUGAAGGCGCAUACAAGGGCGGCAAUGGCGCGGUGCGGACGCUGCAGUUCCUCCAGAGCCUGCAAGUGUCUAUCCUCAGUGAACGUCGCGCACGCGCACCGUAUGGUGCCAACGGGGGCAGCGAUGCCCAGACGGGCCUCAACCUCUGGGUCAAGGCGCCGCGUGGCGACGAAGCCAGCCGAAAGAUCAACAUUGGAGGCAAGGGCACUGUGUGGUUCGAGGCUGGAGACGCGCUCGAAAUCCACACACCCGGAGGCGGUGGCUGGGGCAAGGGCGAGGGGGAGGUGGAGCAGACUGGCACCCAGUUCGAGCCGCGCGGCCGCCUGGCAGACGCGGCGAAUGUCGAGUUUUAGGCAUGGAUACAUGUUGAGC